AACUCAGAAACGAACCGAACCGCCAUUAUGGAGGUUCUCCGCAAAUUUUUACUGCUUUGUGCAGUAUUCAGUGUAAAUACCUUUACGGCUGCAGAGCCCGUAUACUCGAAUGCCAUCACCAAUGAGUUGAGUUUGGGCAACUUAUUGUUCGAUGCCAUCACUGGAGAUUUGAUUAUUCCUGGUCUUGGCAUCUUGAACAAUCUUGAUCAAUGCGUCGCAAAUUAUGUCUCGAAAGAUUUUGAGAUCUUAAUCAGUACUGGCGCCAAGAUACGUCGUUGCAGUAAUCUGAAACGAAAUGUCCUGCAAAACUAUUUGCAACAGAGCAGCUCGUCGGGUGUGAAGACCUCCUUCAACCAACAGUCGGCUGCCUGUAACUCCCAUAGUUCCUGCUAUACCGAUCUGGUGAUGAACCUACUCGGCAGUGUGCAAAACCUGGAAAAGAAUUAUGGACAAAUCCGUCAUUGCAUCCACAAGCAAAUUGAUAAAGCUGAAUUCCAUUUGAGAGUCGAGUACAUCAACUUGCAAAACUGUUUUUCUGGUAUAACAAACUUGAACGUUACAACCCCAGCACCGGGUACACCAGCCUGGAAUGUAACAAGCCCAGCACCCGGAACACCAAGUUGGAACUUUACCACUCCAGCACCAGGAACACCAAGCUGGAACGUUACAACGGCUGCUCCUGGAACUCCAAGCUGGAACGUUACAACGCCAGCACCUGGAACACCAAGCUGGAAUGUCACAACCCCAGCACCCGGCACACCCAGCUGGAACGUUACAACCCCAGCACCGGGAACACCAAGCUGGAAUGAAACAACUCCCACCUGGAGCCCUCCAAUCUGGAAUAACACUACCCCCGGCUGGAACAACACCACCCCUGGCUGGAACGAAACAACUCCCACCUGGAGUCCUCCCAUCUGGAAUAACACUACCCCCGGAUGGAAUGAAACAACUCCCACCUGGAGCCCUCCAAUUUGGAAUAACACUACCCCCGGCUGGAACAACACCACCCCCGGAUGGAAUGAAACAACUCCCACCUGGAGCCCUCCAAUCUGGAAUAACACUACUCCCGGCUGGAACAACACCACCCCUGGCUGGAAUGAAACAACUCCCACCUGGAGUCCUCCCAUCUGGAACAACACCACCCCUGGCUGGAACGAAACAACUCCCACCUGGAGCCCUCCAAUCUGGAAUAACACUACUCCCGGCUGGAACAACACCACACCUGGCUGGAACGAAACAACUCCCACCUGGAGUCCUCCCAUCUGGAAUAACACUACCCCCGGAUGGAAUGAAACAACUCCCACCUGGAGCCCUCCAAUCUGGAAUAACACUACUCCCGGCUGGAACAACACCACCCCUGGCUGGAAUGAAACAACUCCCACCUGGAGUCCUCCCAUCUGGAAUAACACUACCCCCGGAUGGAAUGAAACAACUCCCACAUGGAGCCCUCCAAUUUGGAAUAACACUACCCCCGGCUGGAACAACACUACCCCUGGUUGGAAUGAGACCACUACCACCUGGAGCCCUCCAAUCUGGAAUAACACCACUCCUUCCCCAAACUGGAAUGAAACUACCUGGAGUACACCAAGCUGGAACAACACCACCCCUGGCUGGAAUAACACCACUCCAGGAUGGAAUAACACCACUCCUACUCCGAACUGGAAUGAAACCACCUGGAGUUCACCAAGCUGGAACAACACCACUCCUGGCUGGAAUAACACCACUCCUUCCCCAAACUGGAAUGAAACUACCUGGAGCACACCAAGCUGGAAUAACACCACUCCAGGAUGGAAUAACACCACUCCUACUCCGAACUGGAAUGAGACAACCUGGAGUACACCAAGCUGGAACAACACCACUCCUGGCUGGAAUAACACCACUCCUUCCCCAAACUGGAAUGAAACUACCUGGAGCACACCAAGCUGGAAUAACACAACCCCCGGCUGGAAUAACACCACUCCAGGAUGGAAUAACACCACUCCUACUCCGAACUGGAAUGAGACAACCUGGAGUACACCAAGCUGGAACAACACCACUCCUGGCUGGAAUAACACCACUCCUUCCCCAAACUGGAAUGAAACUACCUGGAGCACACCAAGCUGGAAUAACACAACCCCGGCUGGAAUAACACCACUCCAGGAUGGAAUAACACCACUCCUACUCCGAACUGGAAUGAGACAACCUGGAGUACACCAAGCUGGAACAACACCACUCCUGGCUGGAAUAACACCACUCCUACUCCGAACUGGAAUGAAACAACCUGGAGCACACCAAUCUGGAAUAACACCACCCCUGGCUGGAAUAAUACCACUCCAGGAUGGAAUAACACCACUCCUACUCCGAACUGGAAUGAGACAACCUGGAGUACACCAAGCUGGAACAACACCACUCCUGGCUGGAAUAAUACCACUCCUUCCCCAAACUGGAAUGAAACUACCUGGAGCACACCAAGCUGGAAUAACACAACCCCCGGAUGGAACAACACCACUCCAGGAUGGAAUAAUACCACUCCUACUCCGAACUGGAAUGAGACUACUUGGAGCACACCAAUCUGGAAUAACACCACCCCCGGCUGGAAUAACACCACUCCAGGAUGGAAUAACACCACUCCUACCCCGAACUGGAAUGAGACUACUUGGAGCACACCAAUCUGGAAUAACACCACCCCCGGCUGGAAUAACACCACUCCUACUCCGAACUGGAAUGAAACAACCUGGAGCACACCAAUCUGGAAUAAUACCACCCCCGGAUGGAAUAAUACCACUCCCGGCUGGAAUAAUACCACUCCCUCGCCGAACUGGAAUGAGACCACCGUUAGCUGGAAUACCACCACCCCCGCCUGGAAUCAGACAACUCUGACCUCGAACACCACCACUCCAAGCUGGAGUACUACUACAGAGGUUCCACAGACUACAACCACACAGAGCUGGUGGGACAAGCUUUGGCAUGACAUCUUCUAAAUGAUGCCAUAAGCGCUGUGGCAACAGCAUUUUGAAACUCAGCACUGAGUUAACUAAGUAAUAAAUUGAUCAGCAUUAAAAUGUA